UUAGUGGUAUAAUACCCCCUUAGCACCGGAGAUCAGCUGACCCGACGACGUGGGGGUGGUCCAGGGUUCGAUUCCCUGAUUGUCCAUUCUUUUUUGUCUUGUUUUUUUAAAAAUUUUCUUUAUCGAAACCAUUGUGAUCGCUAUUUAGAACUUGGAUUAAUUUUAGCUAUAUGGACGAUUGAGGAUGUUGAUGUUUUGUUUUUUGGUGCGACUAAUUCUAAUUUUUAUCAUAUCAUAUCAUGAACGAGCUUGUAUUGAGCUCCUUGAAGAAACGUCACACUUUGAUUACCCAUCUAUUGCUCCCAUCAGGUAGAGUGAAAUACUUUUAUCAAUAAGGCAUUUCGUAACAUAUAUAUAUAUCUAUAAAUCAUAAAUCUAUGUAUAUUCAGAUGGAUGGGAACCAUCGUCUACCGCUUCAAUAAUCAUUGUUGAGUGUUGUUACUACAUAAAAACUCACUAUGCCUCCCGGCCUAUCUUCAUUUCCUUCACGCUUCCAGUCUCAGGGACUGGUAGGCUGCGGUUGUUGGAUCUCCGCAGCCCUAAGUCCUCAGGUACGGGGUGCGACAUGUUCACUCUCGAGACGAGACCGACGUGCGAUCACUUCCCAGUUAUCAGUAGGGCUAGAAUUUCGCCAUUUACAACAGCUGCAGCUUUCCAGGAGCUACUCAACAAACCAUGACCGGACCAAGACGUCAAGCAUGUUUAGCCUGACCUCAAAGUGGCCUCCAAACCAGCCACCGCUCAAAGGGCUAACGUGUAUGGUUACGGGGGCCUCGUCUGGUAUUGGCCUUGCAAUUGCACGCAGAUUUCUACGCGAAGGUGUAGAAAAGGUGAUUCUUGUCGGGAGGAGUAAACACAGGCUAGAGGAAGCUGUUAGGGAUCUAGAAGGAGACAAUGAGUUAUCAUCACUCGACAACCUCCCGCAAAAUGAUGGAGUGGAUAUUCGUGACGAAGCAAAAAGAGCAAUCUCGCCCAUCCAAAGUAUAGAAUACGAUAACGUGAUACAUGAUCAACCGCACGACGUCAGCAUUGCGGCUGCGAAGGCCUGCGAAAUAUCUUAUUUGGGAACACGCUUCACACUCGCCGUCGGGGAUGUCGGAAACCCAGCUUUCUGGGGUGAUGAGAUUAAGAAAUUAAUGGACACCGUCGACAUCCUCACCAACGCCGCUGGAAUCUCCUACACCUCCCUCUUCCCGCUAACUAAAGACGAACACAUCACCACCAUGCUCCACACAAACCUCCAAGGCACAAUCUUCGCCUGCCGAACCAUGGCACGGCGCGCAAUGCGGUCCCCAUCCCGCCAAAAAUUCACAGACGAAAACGCCACCAAUAAAACCCCUUUCACGAAAUGCAUUAUUAACAUAUCCUCGCUCCACGCCAUGAAGGGGGGUGCCGUGGGCGCCGCGACGUAUGCAUCCACGAAGGCAGGCGUAGUAGCGCUGACGCGCGCGAUCGCAGCGGAGAGCGCAGGCGCAAGGGAAUGGGCGAGGUUGCGAGCCAAUGUCAUUGUGCCGGGGUAUAUUGAGACGAAGAUGGUUGAGGACCUAAACGCCAAAGUGCGCGAGCAGGCGCUACAAUCAAUUCCGUUGCAUCGUUUCGGCACACCGGAAGAAGUUGCCGAUGCCGCAGUUUUCCUCGCGACGAACCAGUAUGCUAAUAACUGCGUGCUGAAUUUGGAUGGGGGAUUGAGUGCGGUGUAGAUGUGCGCUAAUAUGGUGAGGAGGAAACUUAUAUAAAUAAAUAAAGGAAAGAAAGGAAAUGGAGCUUGCGUUAUUCUCACGUUUCAGAGCGGCUUUAUUUUGGUUCAAAGGCAUGUACCAUAUACUUUUUUAUCGUAUGUAAGGGUAUCGGGUGGAAUUAUGUCUAGAAGCAGAGCAGAGACAUCAAUGAGAAUAUAAUACUUUCUAAACCUGUGUAUAUUCCUAUUUCAGGGCUUUUAGCACAAUAAAACGACCUAAGAUUUUAUGUUCGUCUUCUUAUCCUCUGAGAAAAAAC